AUGGAGGAUCUAGACGAACUUCUCAACGGCAGACUCGACGGCUUGAGCACUAGCAGGAGACAAUAUAGUGUUUUCAGGGUUGACGACGAUCAAAGAAGAGGGAGCGAAAAGUACUACAGCCCCAAGCUGGUAUCGAUCGGCCCUUAUCACCACAGAGAGGCUGGAUUGAUAGAUAUGGAGGGUGAAAAGCUUUCUUAUCUCAGUCAGCUGUUGGACAGAUAUCAGGGGAAAACACAAGUUUUUCAUCAAAGCAAUUUAAAUCCCCAACGGUCGACAACGGAGCAGAGUCGUCUUCAAAGGGGAAGGAGAUGA